AUGACCAGCGAGGAGAAUCAGUUUAUUGAAGCUUAUGACGACUUUAAAGUUCUUCGUCUUCCGUAUAAGAAAGGCAAAGAUAAGCGUCCAUUCUCUAUGUACAUUUUCCUUCCAAAUGCAAAAGAUGGCUUGUCGACUUUGGUUAAGAAGGUGGCUUCUGAAUCUGAGUUACUACACCACAGGUUUCAUCUUCCUGAAGAAGAAGUAGGUGAAUUCAGAAUUCCAAGAUUCAAAAUUUCAUUUGAGCUUGAAACUUCUGAUAUGCUGAAGGAGUUAGGAGUGACUUUACCUUUCACUCGUGAAGGUUUGACAAAAAUGGUGGACUCUUCUCUUGUGGGUGAUAGCCUUUCAGUUUCUAAAAUAUUUCACAAAUCUUUCAUUGAAGUAAAUGAAGAAGGUGCUGAAGCUGUUGCAGUCAGUGCUGCAUUUAUAUGUUCCGAGGGUAUUCGAUUUCCAACUCAGCUUGAUUUCGUAGCUGACCACCCUUUCUUAUUUCUGAUUAGAGAAGAUUGGACUGGAACCAUUCUCUUUGUUGGACAAGUACUCAAUCCUCUUGAUGAGUGA